CGGGUCGCAGCUCCGCAGGCCCUGCACGGAGCAGGAAGGCCCGCAACGGCGAGGCCAGGCCCGGGGCCGGACCAGCCGGCUCGCGCGUCGCUUUGUCCGCUCUGGAAGCGAAGAGGCGGGGCCGCGGCGGCACCCGCCCCGGAAGCGGAAGUGCAAGCGCCGCGGGGUCUUGUCCAGUGUGAGCCCGGCCCGAGCUCCAGCCGUUCCGCCCUCCCUGGUCGCUUGGCGCCCUCUCUCCUGCCCGUGUCCCGCUAGCCGUCCCCACCAUGCUGUCUCUAGACUUUCUGGACGAUGUGCGGCGAAUGAACAAGAGGCAGCUCUAUUACCAAGUCCUAAAUUUUGGGAUGAUUGUCUCCUCGGCACUAAUGAUCUGGAAGGGGUUGAUGGUAAUAACUGGAAGUGAAAGUCCGAUUGUAGUGGUGCUCAGUGGCAGCAUGGAGCCUGCAUUUCACAGAGGAGAUCUUCUCUUCCUAACAAAUCGGGUUGAAGAUCCCAUACGAGUGGGAGAGAUUGUUGUUUUUAGGAUAGAAGGAAGAGAGAUUCCUAUAGUUCAUCGAGUCUUGAAGAUUCAUGAAAAGCAAAAUGGACAUAUUAAGUUUCUGACCAAAGGAGAUAAUAAUGCAGUUGAUGACCGAGGCCUCUACAAACAAGGACAACAUUGGCUAGAGAAAAAGGACGUGGUGGGCAGAGCCCGGGGGUUUGUUCCUUAUAUUGGAAUUGUGACAAUUCUCAUGAAUGACUAUCCUAAAUUUAAGUACGCAGUGCUCUUUCUGCUGGGCUUGUUUGUGCUGGUUCAUCGCGAGUAAGAAGCCUGCCCUGCCGCCUCUGGGAAGAUGCCGCACUUUCUGUUACCGAACGCUUGGAGUAGAUUCUGGUCUCUGAUUGGUGGAGUGGAGAACACACGUGUUGGCGCUUCUUGGUAGCACUGGUUUACAUUAGUUCAUGUUUCCACGCCAGAGUAUGUGUGGGCGGGUGCGUGCACUCGAGGGGACUUUCAAUCACAGGAUUUCCUAUGUUGUCAUUGUCACACUUUGGCAUUUUUGUACAUCAGUGAAUUUUUUAUAUUAAAAGGUUGAGCCAAAGCCCCCAGUGUUUGUAUCUGAAGCCAGGCUUCACUUCUGAAGUGCCUACAGAGCUCUGCAGACGCAAGUGCAGCUGCCACGAGCUCGCGGCCGUCCUUCCUCCUGCCAGGGGGUGGCACGUGCUCAGGAGGUCAUCAGUCUUAACUUUGCAGAAUUUUAAAUAAAAGACUUUGCACAUUGAA